UCGGCGCCUUUUGACGCUACUGUGGGCGUGUCGGCGCGAUCCGCGACGUCUCGACGCGCCGGCCAUGGCGACUGCGUCAGCCUGAGGGGCUUCGUUUUUAAAUCAUUUCCUGACAUUGCCGCGGGAGCCGCGAUCGCCUUAGACCCGGUUGGCAGCGACGGCGGCAGCGGCGCGCCCGGGCGCUCCCGCUGCGCCCCGGACCGAGCGGCGGCAACGCGGCCCGGUAAAGCGAGUCAGGUAGGAAACAUGAGCGGCAACAACUUGGAUGCGAACGAUGAGUUUGAUGAGCAGUUGCGAAUGCAAGAAUUGUACGGAGACACCAAGGACGGUGACACCCAGAAUGAUCCCAGCGGAGAACCUGAUUCUUUUGGGCAGCAGCCGGCUGACACCCCCUAUGAGUGGGACCUGGACAAGAAGGCUUGGUUCCCCAAGAUCACCGAAGAUUUCAUUGCUACCUAUCAGGCUAAUUAUGGCUUCUCUAAUGAUGGUGCAUCUAGUUCUACUGCAAAUGUUCAAGAUGCCAAUACUAGGACUGUAGAGGAACCACCACAAAGAAAAACCCCUGAACCUGCUGAUCCUAAAAAGAAGGGAGAAAAAAGAAAGGCUGAAUCAGGAUGGUUUCAUGUUGAAGAAGACAGAAAUACAAACGUAUAUGUGUCUGGUUUGCCUCCUGACAUUACAGUGGAUGAAUUUAUACAGCUUAUGUCCAAGUUUGGUAUUAUUAUGAGGGAUCCUCAGACGGAAGAAUUUAAGGUCAAACUUUACAAAGAUAAUCAAGGAAAUCUUAAAGGAGAUGGACUUUGCUGUUACUUGAAGAGGGAAUCUGUGGAACUUGCAUUAAAACUUUUGGAUGAAGACGAAAUUAGAGGCUACAAAUUACAUGUCGAGGUAGCAAAGUUUCAGCUGAAGGGGGAAUAUGAUGCCUCAAAGAAGAAGAAGAAGUGCAAGGACUAUAAGAAGAAGCUGUCUCUGCAACAGAAGCAGUUGGAUUGGAGACCUGAGAGGAGGGCUGGGCCAUCCCGGAUGCGCCAUGAGCGAGUUGUCAUCAUCAAAAAUAUGUUUCACCCUAUGGAUUUUGAGGAUGAUCCAUUGGUGCUGAAUGAGAUCAGAGAAGAUCUUCGAGUAGAGUGUUCAAAGUUUGGACAAAUUAGGAAGCUCCUUCUCUUUGAUAGACACCCAGAUGGUGUGGCCUCUGUGUCCUUUAGGGAUCCAGAGGAAGCUGAUCAUUGUAUUCAGACCCUUGAUGGAAGGUGGUUUGGUGGUCGUCAGAUCACCGCCCAAGCAUGGGAUGGGACUACAGAUUAUCAGGUGGAGGAGACCUCAAGAGAAAGGGAGGAAAGGCUGAGAGGAUGGGAGGCAUUCCUCAAUGCUCCUGAGGCCAACAGAGGCCUUCAGCGUUCAAAUUCUGUCUGUGCUCCAGAAAGGGCAGGGCCUUCUAGAAUAAGGCAUUUUUCAGAGCACCCAAGCACAUCUAAAAUGAAUGCCCAAGAAGCUGCAACUGGAGUGGCAUUUGAAGAACCUAUUGAUGAGAAGAAGUUUGAAAAAACAGAAGCUGGGGAAGAAGUUGAAGAAGGUGCUUCUGGAAAAGAUGCUAAAGAAGGUGGGCCUGAAGAAGAGAUCAAAGAAGACUUCACUGAAAAAGAAUCUGAAGAGAGUUGCCUUGAGAGAGAGUGUGAGGGAGGCUGCCCCAAGAGAGAAUAUGAAGAAGACUGCCCUGAAAAAGAUGCCGAAGGGGAUAGUCCUAAGAAGGAGUUGAAAGAGAAUGGCCCUGAGCGAGAAUCUAAAAAGAAGAAACUCAAACAUGAUUAUGAAGAGAACGGCCUUGCAAAAGAGUCUGAAGAUGACGACCCUGGAAAGGAGUCUGAAGAGGAGGGUAGUCCCAAAAAAGAAUCUGGAGAGGAUGACUCAGAGAGAGAAUCUGAUGAAGAUGGUUCUGAAAAACAAUCGGAAGAAGGCUCUGAAAAAGAAUUUGAAGAAAAUGGCCUUGAAAAUGAUUUUGAUGAAGAUGGCUCUGACAAGGAGUUUCCUGAAAACCUUCUUGACAAAGAGUUAGAAGAAAAUGACACCGACAAAUCCGAAUUUGAUGAAGGCUCUGAGAGAGUGUUAGAUGAUGAGGAAGGUUCUGAGAGAGAGUUUGAUGAAGAUUCUGAUGAAAAGGAAGAAGAGGAAGAUAUGUAUGAAAAGGUUUUUGAUGAUGAGUCUGAUGAGAAAGAGGAUGAAGAGUUUGCCAAUGAAAAAGAGCGGGAAGAUGCUAUUGAAAAAGAAGAUGAUGAUGAUGCUGAUGAAAAGCUGUUUGAAGACUCAGAUGAAAAGGAAGACGAAGAAGAUGCAGAUCUAAAGGAAGAUGAAGAUGGAGAUGAGAAGGUAUUUGAAGAUGGCAAUUCCAACGAGAAGUUUGAUGAGGAGGAGGGUUCCAACGAGAAGGUGUUUGACGAUUCUGAUGAGAGGGGGACUUUGGGGAACAUGAAGGAAGAUGGGCUGUCCACAGGCAGCAGCUUUGUCCUUAGUAGUGAUGAUGAUGAUGACGAUAUUUAAUCCCUUAAACUUGCUUUUUAGGGAGAGUCCUCCAUCUCCAUUUGCCUGUGCUUCAGGGUCAUUACUAGUAGUGUUACAUGAACAUAUGCGUAGUGAUAGGAUGCCAUCCAUUUAAUUCAUUGAAGUUUUUCCAUUGUUACCUGUACCUAAUUAUUUUAAAUAUAUGUUAAUUGGCUGUUGAGUUAAAACUUCAUAGUUAAUAACGCAAGUAUACUGGAUACUUGUCCUUUUUGUCAGAUUUGUUAAAUGCAUGCAAAAUAAUAUUUUUAAAAGUAUUCUGAUUGAUGUUUGUGAUAUUCAAAAAUAAAAAUAAGUUGAUAAUAUGCAGAAACUAAAAAUUGUACUUGAGUUAAAUUGCAUCUUAAAUUCAUGCUAUUGCUUUAUUCAUACAAAAUCCCUUAGGAGUCUCCUUGUUUCCAGCUCACGUUACCACUUGUGGCCCCAUUUCUCCUAAAUCAGAACAUGUUUCUAAACUCAGAAAACAAACGCCACUUUGGAGUUUACCCCUGACCAAUCCUUGCAAGUUAUCUGUUGUUUUCUUUUCUACCCAUUUCCAUCAAAAUUGACCCUCAGAUGUGCAAAAGUGAACUCCUGUGGUCCACAACUUCAACCAUUGAAAAUAUAGGGAAGAUUAGAAUUCUUCCAUGUACUGUUUCUUAGCCUCCUUGCACUCCUUUAGAAGUAGAUUAAUGAGGCUGCUCCCCAGAAAAAUGUACGCAUGCAUACUAUACAACUUCUGUACAGUUUGGGGAGGUUCAUGAAUCCCUUGAAGAUUAAGAACUUUGUCAUGCAUACUUCAGUUAUUGUUUUUUUGUUUUUAUUUUAGAAUCCUGGUGCAUAGUAUUGUGUGAAGUUGUGUAGUUCCAAUACAGUUGUGGGUCUUAAUUGUGCUUUCCAAAUUCAGUACUGAUGACUUUACUAAUGAUGUAGCAGUAAGAAAUUAUUCUCAUAAAUUAGAAGCAUUAAAAUAAACUGCAUUGGUGCUCUUUCAUUA